GCUCGAAUCAAUGCCAGGCUACAGCAGUAUCGUGCCAAGGCAGAGUUGGCUCGCACCACCAGACCUCAGGCCUGGGUUCCCAGGGAGAAGCUACCAAGACCACUUACGAGCAGUGCUUCAGCCAUACGCAAGCUUAUGCGCAAAGCUGAGUUGAUGGGAAUUAGUACAGACAUUUUUCCAGUGGAUACUUCAGAUACAAGUUCCAGUGUUGAUGGAAGAAGAAAACAUAAACAGCCAGCUCUCACUGCUGAUUUUGUGAAUUAUUACCUUGAGAGAAAUAUGCGUAUGAUUCAAAUCCAGGAGAAUAUGGCUGAACAGAAGAAUAUCAAGGAUAAAUUAGAAAAUGAGCAAGAAAAGCUUCACGUGGAGUAUAAUAAGCUGUGUGAAUCCUUGGAAGAGCUUCAAAAUAUGAAUGGAAAACUGAGAAAUGAAGGGCAAAGCAUUUGGGCCCUGCUGGGUAGAAUCAUUGGACAGAAAUUGAACAUACCAGCAAUUUUACGUGCUCCUAAGGAAAGGAAACCAAGUAAAAAGGAAGGAGGAACACAAAAGACAUCUGCACUUCCGGCCGUCCUUUAUAGUUGUGGAAUUUGCAAGAAGAACCAUGAUCAACACCUACUGCUACUAUGUGAUACUUGUAAACUCCAUUAUCAUCUUGGUUGCCUGGAUCCACCUCUUACAAGAAUGCCAAGGAAGACCAAGAACAGUUACUG